AUGGACGCGGUCAUCAAUCUUCUGCGGCUCAGAAUGAAAGAACAACCGCACUGCUUUAGAAGUGACCGGCUGUGUCUCAUCGAUAGUGGUCUUAGUCUGUUUUGGACGGCAAAGUAUGACGAUUUCAAGAAGUCUGAGCCUAAUGUCUUCGGACUUGGAAAGUACCUCCCACCUGACUCACUUGACUAUUUCCAAGGCACGAAGCCAGAAUUCUGCCAGACGAAUAAACGAUGGUGCAGGGACAUUGACGAGAUAUAUCUCCCGUUUAACAUUGGGAAGAACCACUGGGUUGCUCUAUUCAUCUCCUUACCGAAGAGGCACAUCACGAUCUGGGAUAGUUAUCCCUGCCGUAUGGACGAUGAAGAACUGGAGACGGAGGUGGAACCCGUGGCUGUGAUGAUGGCGUACAUGUUACGCGAGAUGGCACUAGUGGAAGAACGUGACAACUAUCCGUUCGAUAAAUUUACUCACGAACGUAUUGCUGGUGUGCCGGAGCAAGAGGGUCCCGGGGAUUGCGGUGUCUACUGUCUGAAAUACAUCGAGUGUCACGCAACUGGAAACGCUUUUUCAGCCUCUUCACUGUGCAACAAGAACAUCAAGGCAAUUCGGAGUAGGUAUGCUUGUGACAUUUUCAAGGAGACCGAUUGCAAGGGACCGAGGAUCCGUGACUGGGACGGUAUUGAUCCUUUCGACGGGAGAUCCUGA